UACAAAGGCCUAAACCGUAGUUCCGAGCUUCCUGGAACUUGGGCUGGCAGACCUGUAGCUACUUUCCGCCUUGACUGCCAGCCAUCCCCAGACUGUCCAGGAAGAACUUGCAGUCUGUUUUGCAUUGUCUGUAUGAUAAAUAGAAUUCAGCUUUGUGCUGAUUGAGCAGUAACAUUUUAUCUGGAGCAGUACUCUGAUUUCUGACACUAAGGGCCUUAAACAAAAUGGAGGAUUUUAAAUUUGAUGGAACAGAGCGCCUAUCUGUCGACUAUGUGAAGGGGAUUCUGCAACCCACACCUACCUGUGACAUGUGGGACCGGAUCUGGAACUUCCAAGCCAGGUCUGACGAUCUGCUUAUUGCCACCUAUCCUAAAGCAGGAACAACAUGGACUCAGGAAAUAGUGGACUUAAUACAAAAUGAAGGUGAUAUUGACAAAUGUCAACGAGCACCUACUCAUAUACGAAUUCCUUUCAUCGAAUGGAUAAUCCCAUCCAUAGGAUCUGGUUUGGACCGAGCUAAUGAAAUGCCCUCACCACGGACCCUGAAAACACAUCUUCCCAUCCACUUGCUGCCACCAUCCUUCAUAGAAAAAAACUGUAAGAUAAUCUAUGUAGCAAGAAAUCCAAAGGACAAUAUGGUAUCUUAUUACCAUUUCCAAAGAAUGAAUAAAGCUCUUCCUGCUCCAGGAACCUGGGAAGAGUAUUUUGAGAAUUUUCUGGCUGGGAAAGUGUGCUGGGGUUCUUGGCAUGACCAUGUGAAAGGAUGGUGGAAAGCCAAAGACCAACACCGCAUUCUCUACCUCUUCUAUGAGGAUGUGAAGAAGAAUCCAAAGCAUGAAAUUCAGAAGGUGGCAGAAUUUAUUGGAAAAAACCUACAUGAUGAAGUCCUAGAUAAAAUUGUCCAUCACACCUCAUUUGAUGUUAUGAAGCAGAAUCCAAUGGCAAACUAUUCAUCGGUUCCUACUAAAAUCAUGAACCACACUGUUUCUCCAUUCAUGAGAAAAGGGACAGUUGGAGACUGGAAGAAUCACUUUACUGUUGCUCAGAAUGAGAGAUUUAAUGAAGACUACGAGAAGAAAAUGGCUGAUACCAAUAUAACUUUCCACUUCCAAUUCUCAUAAAAAGAGAAAAGAACCAAAAUUUUUUAGUUUAUUACCUAAUUUUUUGGUAAUAAUCAAUAAAACUUUAUUACCCAGACCACAUGAUAUUGGAUUCAGGUUCUCAGACUAGUUGAUUAUUGUGUUUGCUUUUGUUCACUCUUAAAAAAGUAGGGAUAAAGCUAGCAGAGAUUGGCGGCAAGGUGGAGAGUGAGAGCAGGAUGGCAAAGUAGAAGGAAGGAGGUUCAAUAAUUACUGUUACAAUCAUGGAUGGCAUCAUUGUUGAUUAUCACUAUAUUUAAGUUUUCUACAGAUCAUGAGUUUGUUGACAUAUUUUAAAUGCUUCAUUCCUUAUAUAAAAAAACACUAAAGUUUUCAGAGUAAGUGUUCGUUCAGGCUAACUUUUCAAUGCAUCACUAAAAUAUAUAGAUAGUGACUUUCUCCCAGAAAUUUCUUGGUAGCCAAGUAAACAUCAAGUGACUCUGUUUCCCCAUGACACUUUCCAAUUCACCUCAGUGUUCUUACUAUAAUACAUCUAUCCCUAUCUCUUACCACAUCCUAUAUACUUAAGUCUUUCUCUCUCUCCAGCCAAUGCUAUGAUUGAGUCUUGGGGUCAUAUCUUGACUCACCUCCUUCCAGUGCAUCCACAGCAAUAUCUGUCAGUUUUACCUGUACAGAGUCUCAUUUGUAUAGUCACCCUUCUAGUUCAGAAAACUUUUACCUCUUGUCCAUACUAGUAUAAGCUUCCUAACUCAUUUCUCUGUUUCUUGUACACCUACCAGGGUUACUUUCCUAAAACAAGAUUUUGAUUAUAUUUCUCUUGAGCUCUAAAUACUUCAGUGAUUCUGAAUUUUUACUGCCUGAAAGAUAAAUCCAUGCUUUUUAGCUAUCAAUUCAAAGGCAGCUAUAAUGAUAUGAUAUGGUGGAGCUCAUCUUCUAAACUACUUUCCUAGCUUAAUUUCACCUUCUAGACCACCUCCAUGCUUCAGCAAAUAAGCCUACUCACUGAGACCUGAUCACAUCUUGCAGGGUCCUAUCCUACUAGUUUUAUUUUCACCAUGUCUCCAUUUGAAAUUUCCUUUCCUUUCUUUCUACCUAUCCAAAACAUAUAAUAUGCUUCAAUGACCAGCGUGAGUGGUUCAUUCCUCCUGCAAAUACUGAAAGCUGAAGAGAGCAUUUGCUUUUCUUUUUUUUAAAUCAUCAUUAGUUUUUGAUGUAGUGUUCAACAGUUCAUUAGUUGCUUAUAACACUCAGUGCUCAUUACAACACAAGCAUUUGCUUUUCUGAAGUCCUAUACACUUGGUAUAAUUAUUUUGUGAUUAAGAUUAAAGUAUGUUAUAUAUCUUGCAUGUA